CAGGCUAGGCUGAUGGCGGCAGCCGGUAGUGGUGCUGGAUUCGGGACAUCCACAGGGCUAGAGGCGACGACGCUGCAGAAGCUAGCGCUUCGGCGGAAGAAAGUGCUGGGAACCGAGGAGAUGGAGCUGUACGAGCUUGCACUGGCUGCUGGCGCCGCCAUCGACCCUGAUGUGUUCAAGAUCCUGGUGGACUUGCUGAAUCUGAACGUGGCUCCCCUGGCCGUCUUCCAGAUACUGAAGUCCAUGUGUGCUGGGCAGCGGCUGGCAAACGAUCCCCAGGACUCGGUAUCCAUAUCUCUGUCCACAUCCGAGACUCGAGGAAGAAACAGGGGUGGUCCCACCCUUGGCAGUGUGCCUAUAGUGGCAGAACGUGGAAGCCGUGAAGGACCCAUCCAGAGGAUGCCACGCCAGCCCAGUGCCACUAGGCUGCCCAAGGCAGGACCUGGGAAAAGUAACACCCGGAGCAGCACAUAGACCAGAAUAGAGGCUGCACUUAACUUCCCAGUGGAGAAGGUGAUGUCGGCUCUGCACUUCAGCUUUCCUGAGAAGCUGAGCAUCUCUCUCUGCCACUUUUGUAUUCUAUUAAAGCACAGAUUUAGACUGA